AUGGGAAAUGUGUUUGGUAAGAAAUCGAAACCGCCGAAACAACCGGCGAUUACUGAACAAGAUCGAGCUAUACUCCAAUUGAAACAACAACGGGAUCGAUUGACUCAAAAUCGAAGAAGAAUUGAAAGUCAAUUGGAACGCGAACGUGAAGUUGCGAAACAAUUGCUAAAGAAUGGUCAAAAGGACCGUGCAUUGCUUCUACUUCGGAAGAAAAAAAUGCUCGAAAGUCAACUUGAUAAAAGUGAAAAUAUUUUGGAAAAUGUUGAACGAAUGACACAUGAUUUGGAAUUCGCUCAAGUUCAAGUCGAUGUUGUUCAUAGUUUGAAACAAGGAAACGAUGCGUUGAAGAAAAUGAAUGAACUGUUGAAACUCGAAGAUAUUGAGAAGUUAAUGGAAGAUUCACGCGAAGCAGUCGAAUAUCAAAACGAAGUAUCUAAUCUUCUGUCGGGUGGCUUGAGUCGCGUUGACGAAGAAGAUGUCGAAGCUGAAUUGGAUGAAUUGAUUCGCCGAGAAGAAUCAGCGGAUAUCAGUCGAUUACCUGAUAUUCCUCAUCAUCGUGAACAGCGACCUGUUGUGUCUCCAACACGAACCAAACAGCGUGUUGCCAUCGAAGCAGAUUAG